AUGGAAUCGGAUGGUUAUUCUGACAUGGAUUACAGUUCCGAAAAUAAAGAUAAUGACGCAGAAUGGAUGUUUUGUUUGGGACUGUUAUCAGAGGAUACCAGCGGCGAAAAAUGGAUAAGAUGUUACCAGUAUCUUAAAUGGAGCGACGAGGCAUGCUCAAAUUCGGACAAAAACAAGAAUUUUGUUUGUGAUUUCUAUUUGUCCGGAUAA